CAUGUCGAAAUGAUUUUUGAGAUUAAAAAUCUGAACACUGACCUGCAAAUAUUAGUAUAUAAGAAUUACAACAAGUUCAUUAGUGCUACAGAUGCAAUCAAAAGGAUGAAAAAUAAUAUAAAUAGUAUGGAAGCAAACAUGGAACAGCUUAACGAAAAGAUUCUGUCCGUGCAAUCUAGGCGUGAUGGCGUCAAUCCUUCUCUUUUUGCAAAAAAGAGAGCAUGUAGAGAAGCUGCAUUGCACACGCAAUUUACUGCGAAAAGUUCAGGUAAUGUAAUGAGUACCAAUUAGUCUUUAUGUUGAAUUUCCUGCUACAGAUAUCCCAUUGUUAAUUUUGGCAAAAUAAAGAAAGGGUGACUUGUAUAAAGAAGGAACACGGCUGAGUGACUCAUUCUGGUCUCCCCUUUGCUUUGAGAGUUUGAGCAGUAUGAUUAACUUAGGGAAGAAGCAUCUUCCCAUUAUGAGCUGCUCUGAAUUAGAAAAU